AUGUGAAUGACUUGGUAAUUCAGUGUACUCUGUCUAGCAUUGUAUGUCACCUUGUAUAAAGGUGUGAGCCAAGUUCUGGUUAAUAAUUUUGUGGUGUUGGGGGGGCACCUUCUAAACGAAUACAUGUAAUUGUAACAGAACGAUCGUCUUGAUUUUGCUUGUUCUAUGCUGCCAUUUUGCUGCAAUAACUGUUGCUGUUGGUGCCAUCGACACUUAAAGGAGCAGGGAAACUGUGAAACUAAUGGUGUUAAGCGGUUUCAAACAGACCUGCUACUACUUCCUCAGUUGACUGAGGGCAGCUGAGCUGGGGACUUUCUCCACUUAAUUUCUCAAGAAUCCACUGUCCCAAUGUAGACCAAACAGUUACAGGCUUUGAGGUUGGGUUAAUCGAGGUGUUUGUCAUUGCUGAAAAUGAAUUUUUAAUUCCACUUCAAGUAGCUGGUUUAGAAACUAGAAAGUUUUUAACUUGUAUUGCCUGUUCUUGCACACAAAGGGGAAUUAAGUCACCAGUUCAGUUGAAUCACAUGUUUUUGGGCUGAAAUACGAACAGGAAAUACUGAUAUAUCAGGAUUUGAGCCCAUGUCCAAGUGCACAGCCCAUGAGCUAAAGCCCCAGCACUACCUGCUGCACCACUGUGCUGCUUUUGAGCACAUACAUUUAUUUAGCAGAUGCAAUUGUCCAAUAGUGAAGCAAAGUACUUGCCCUAAGCUAUAUACAUUUAGAAACUACCCAGGUGUAUAAACAGAUAAGUGGUGGUAAGUAACUUAGUCUGUAAAUCUAGUGUUGUCAGUUUCAUCUGAGAAAAGCGUCAACUAAGCGAAUAAACUGUAAUGCACUGAACUGUUUUAAUAUUUUUUUGCCCCUGUUUUUGGCAGAAUGUUUCUGUAGGAGAUUAGACAUAAAAGGAAAUGAAAACUGUUACUGGUUUUGAUUCUUGGUAAUUGCGUGAUGUCUUUUUGAUACUGCAUACAAAGAAGGAGACCUUUGACUACAGCCACACUUUUUUUUUUUGAGAAUGCAUUGCUCUGACAAGUGUUGAAGUGACUCCUCUGAGCCAAACAUGGACCAGGCGAGGUCAACAAUAUCCAAAAUAUUUAAUGGGGAGCCACGCUCCUACACCCGCUUCAAUCUGACCCAGAACAUGGAGGGUGAGAAUAGCCAUGUGGAGAUGAAGCUGUCUUCUGAUGUGGAUGAGGAGCUGGGGCCCUCUGGUGGGGAACACCUCAACCAGAAUCAGAAUCAUAUGCGGCAGUCAUACCUGCGCCAUUCCAAGAGAAGCCCAAAGAAUGUUUGCUUCAUGGUUAUCGCCACCCUGCUCAUCUUUGUUAUCGGAUACCUGAUUGGUUACCUAGCUCAUCAUAAACAGGAUAAGGAUGCUGCAAUCUGUGCACCUGCAUUUGCUGGCAGUGAUGAUAAUGAAGAACCAGUGCAAGAAGAGUUUGAGCCCACCCUGGACUGGGAGGAUCUCAAGACCCUUCUGAAAAAUAAAUUGAUCCCCGACCGAUUUGAGGCCAGCUUCAGGAGCUACGGCCUGGAAAGCCAUGAGGCAGGAACGGCUGCGGAUGAAAAAAUGGCCUCGCUUGUAUACAGCAGCUUCAAGGAUUACCGCAUGAACCCCUGGCAUGAUGAACACUAUGUCAAGUUGCAGAGCCUGUCACCAUCAAGCCCCAACACAAUCAAGUUUAAUGGAGAGGUCAUAGGCACUCCUCGUGGCUAUGCGGCGUACAGUGCAACCGGAACUGCUGAGGGUCGGUUGCUGUAUGCUCAUUAUGGCAUGGACAGUGAUUUUCGUUCUCUGCAAGACAGAGGAAUUGACCUGACAGGAAGUGUUGUGUUGGUCAGGGCUGGAAAACUAAGCUUUGCUGAGAAGGUGGCCAAUGCUGCCAAGCAGAAUGUGGUUGCUGUGCUCAUCUAUCCUGAUCCUGCUAAUUAUGCGCUGAGGGGAGACACUGAACUUUAUGGUCAUGUGCACCUGGGGUCGGGAGAUCCAUACACGCCUGGAUUCCCAUCCUUUAACCACACCCAGUUCCCCCCAGCCCAGUCUUCAGGCCUGCCAAGCAUUUUGGCCCAGACCAUAUCUGCUAACACUGCAGCCAAGCUCUUCGACAAGAUGAGUGGCCAGAAUGCUCCAUCCACAUGGGAGGAGGGUGGACUUCAGGGUGUCAUCUACAAGCUGGGCGACAUAAAUGACAAUGUCACCGUAGAGGUUAACAAUGUCCUCAUGGAGAAGAAGAUAACCAAUGUGUUUGGGGUCAUAAAGGGAUUUGUGGAUCCAGAUCGGUAUGUGGUGAUAGGUGCCCAGAGGGACUCAUGGGGACCUGGCUUUGCCAAGGCCACUGUGGGCACCACUCUGUUAAUGGAGCUGGCGUGUGCCCUGUCAGAAAUGGUGAAGAAUGAUGGAUUCAAGCCUAGGAGAAGUAUUAUUUUUGCUAGCUGGAGUGCUGGUGAAUACGGAAGUGUUGGCACCACCGAGUGGCUGGAGGGCUAUUUGACUUCACUGAAUCUGAAAGCUUUUUCAUAUAUUAGCCUUGAUGGAACAAUCAGAGGUGACCAAAAAUUCCUGGUAUCUUCAAGUCCUUUGCUGUACAGCUUGGUAAUAAGCACAAUGAAGGAGGUGGAGAACCCGGAUGGUUCAAACCAGGGAACGCUCUAUAGCAGUGUGGCUCGGGCGAAUUUUGACACAGAAGUGUUUAUGCCCAUGAGGACUGAUGAUGCUUCUUAUCCAUUUCUGGCCUUCUCUGGAAUCCCAUCUAUCUCAUUCUGCUUUGCAGGCAACAGGGGGCCUGAUUACCAGUACUUUGGGACUUUGGAAGAUACCAGGCAGAAGCUAGAGUACAUCAUGUCUACUCGUACGACACAAUUUGCAAUGGCAGCAGCACAGGUGGCUGGACACAUGGCCCUUAGACUGGUCCAUGAUCAUCUGCUCAGGCUGGAUGUGUCCAAGUACAACUCCAAGAUCCGCUCCUACGUAUCUCAAAUCAACCGUCUCGUCUCGCAGCAGUCCAGCUCCUCGCUCAAAAAUCUAAACAUGCAGUGGCUCAUGUCUGCAUAUGGGUCCUUCAGCCGUGCCUCCAGCGACCUCCUUGACAACAUCCAGAACAGUGACCUAACCGAUGUGGAGAUGUGCCGUAACAUCAAUGAUCGCAUUAUGAGGGUGGAGCACAACCUUCUCUCUCCAUAUGUUUCACCUAAGGACAUCCCAUUUCGCCAUAUCAUCUUUGGGUCUGGUUCUCACACGCUGUCAGACCUGGUGGAUCACCUUAAUGCAAUGAGAAACAACAUGCCAAAUGCAAGUGUAGACCGGUUCAGAAACCAGUUUGCUCUGGCCACCUGGACCAUCCAGGGAUGUUCCAAUGCCCUGUCGGGGGAGAUAUGGGAAAAGGACAACCAGAUUUAGGACCCUGCCCACCAAUGCUACUACUGAUUAUGGUUCAGGUGUCUGGCAUGCUUCCUAAUCCCUCCCCCCAUCAUUCACUGGAUACCUUUCCCAAACGCUACGCUUCCUGUGCACUAUUUAAAAUGUAAAGCCUACAUUUUGAGUCAGUUUUAAUCCAAUCAUUAAAGCAGAAGGCAAUUAGAAGUUAGGAAAAUUUAGGUUUGAAAUUUCACACUAAAAAAACUGAUUUGUGCCAAGUACGACUUCCAUGUUAGAAGAUAAGAAUUCUUUAAAUGCUGGGUAGGGACUGGUGAUUUUGUGUUGGCUGAAGUAGUGACAGUUAUGUAGGUGAACAUGACUCGCAUACAUGCGAUUUAGGCCAGGCUGAGUUUGGGAAUGUUUUGUGUGGCUGACUUGUUUGCAAGUCUGCCAGGAACAGUCGGGUAGUAAAUAUGGUGCUAAAAACCUUAAAAGGGCCGUGUUUUUUUUUUUUUUUUUUUUUUUUUUUUUUU